GCCCUUAUGGAGAGGAGGAUGGCAGCAUGCAUCAAUAUUCUGCCCAGGACCUACACCAUGUAAGUCCUGUCUGUCUGGCUAGCUGGCACGCAUGCACGCACUUCCUGUGUGUGGAGACCCGUUGCUAAGGAAAUCACUAUUGUGGUUACUUGCCUGACUGUAAAUGACUCACGUGAUGUGAGGAGGAGAGUGAGAAAGUUUCAAUCUAAAGUUUGUAAGCCUGUAAAUGCAUUGGCCAUGAAUAAGAAAGUGUGUUCCGUUCUCAUAUAGGCUUGUCAGUGUUUCACCAGCUACUCAGUGAGGUGCUACUGAAUUUACACCUUCAGGAAACUGCUACUAAUAUAGUUACUUAUCAAUAAGUUGAAUGUACAAUGUCAUUGAGUCAUCAAAAGCAGGUCAGAGUCAGAUAAGGACAGUUGGUGCGAAAACACAUUAGCACAAUGACUGGAAGUCUUUGGGUAUCUCCUUUAACCUCUACGGGAUCGGUGUCCCUUGUACAGGAUGGUUGUUGCUCAAUAUGCGAUAUGUGACUAGAAUGGUGUUGUAAACAACAGCCAACUUUCCGGGACACAGACAUGUCUUAUAUGGGCAGAAAGCUUAAAUUCUUGUUAAGCUAACUGCAGUGUCCAAUUUACAGUAGCUAUUACAGCUAAAAAUACCAUGCUAUUGUUUGAGGAUAGUGCACAACAACAAAACACUAUUCUCACAGCAACUAGUUUGGUACAUUCACCUCUGAAGGUAAAUAAUGUACUUACAUUCAGUAAUCUUGCUCUGAUUGGUCAUCCUGAGGGUCCCAGAGAUAGAAUGUAGUGUAGUUUUGUUUGAAAAAUCUAUUUUUAUAUUCAAAUGUAGGAACUGGGUUCUACAGUUUGACCUCUGACUCUACACCCACCCCGCCCGGCCAUCUGGAUGUGUGAAGGUUAGUGUAUUUUCUGUAGGGAAGCUAAUGAUCCAUCAUUUAUGACAUUCCUGGGAGUGUGCUAACUUAAAUGUUGUAUUACCAUAGCAUUUUUGUAUGUUCUCUAUAGUUAUGUACUUAAAAACCAAUUCGGCACAUUUGGGAAAACUCCUGGCAGACUUUAUAUAAAAUAUUGUGUAGUGAUGUCGGCAGGUAGCUUAGUGGGUAAGAGCGUUGUGCCAGUAACCGAAAGGUUGCUGGUUCUAAUCCCCGAGUCGACUAGGUGAAAAAUCUGUCGAUGUGCCCUUAAGCAAGGCACUUAACCCUAAUUGCUCAUGUAAGUCGCUCUGGAUAAGAGCGUCUGCUAAAUGACUAAAAAUGUAAAAAAAAUUAAAAAUGUCAUUCUUCCCUGGAUCAGUCUGAAACUUUGCGCACACACUACUGCCAUCUGGUGGACAACAUCUACAUUACAUCUAUAAAUCCUACAUCACUGUCUGGCCUUUCUCUUGCAUUUCAAACAUAAUGCAAAAAAAUUUAUAAUAAAAAUAACAUGUUUUUUUGUUUGUAUUAUCUUUUACCAGAUCUAAUGUGUUAUAUUCUCCUACAUUAAUUUCACAUUUCCACAAACUUCAAAGUGUUUCCUUUCAAAUGAUAAGAAUAUGCAUAUCCUUGCUUCAGGUCCUGAGCUACAGGCAGUUAGAUUUGGGUAUGUCAUUUUAGGCGGAAAUUGAAAAAAAGGGUCCGAUCCUUAAGUUAACUCAUCAUUCAACUGAUUGAUAGGUAACUAUUUAAGUAGCAGGUCGUUGCUGUUCUAUUUCCUGAAAGUGUAAAUUCAGCAGUACCUCGUUGAGUAGCUGGUUAAACAUUGACAAGCCUCUAUGAGAACAGAACAUUCAUUCUUAUGCAUGGCCUAAGAUAAGAGUAAGAUAGAUGGAGUAAGAUACAGCAACAGCCACCAGGCCAGAAACAGGUGCCAAACCCUCACGUUAGCAGGCCUUUGUGUGACUUGUGUCACUGUAGAGAAACUGUGGAUAUUGGGCAGCUGUCAAUCAAAGUGGCUGUGUCUGUUACUGAAAGGCCUGCAUGACUUGAGACUAACUUUUUGUGCAACCAUGAGUGAGAGUGUCAUUCCAGUUUAUCUAAUGUGUUGUGUUAUGAAAUUACAUAUUAUCUAUGACUAUGGGCAAAGACGGUGUCUUGUGAAAGACACACGUAUGGACUUGUGUCAAUUGAGAACAGUUGACUAAAUCAGUCAGUGGUUCUCAAUUCUCUCCUCAGGGACUCCCAGCUGUUCCAGAAGUAGCUCACUUCAUUCAACUUGUCAAUGAACACAAUAAUAUCAAGUAUGGAAUUUUAACAAUAUAAUAUAGCUGACAGAAUAAGAAAGCAUGUAUGUUUCUUCAAAAGGAUCUAAAAAUAACCUUUCAGAUUGAGAAAGGUUCUUUAUAGAACCAUUAUCCAUAAAGGUUCUAUAAAGAACCAUAAAAAAGGGUUCUAUAUAGCCCCACAAAAGGUAACCAUAGUGGAACCCAUUUUUGGUGCUAUAUAGAACCUUUUUGCAUGGUUCUUUAUAGAACCUUAGGAAAGGGUUCUUAAUAGCACCAAAAAGGGUUACCCUAUGGUUACAGGCAGGGCAUAAAAUUUACUUUUUAGUCCACCAGCCACUCUGGCAGAAAGAUAAAAAAAUCUACCAGCCUCUCAGAAUUUUUACCAGCCAAAAUAUUGAGCCAUGUUUGUGCCUGUGAGAUUGAGUCUGACUUGUAGAAACGUUGUCUUCUCUUCCCUAGCAGUUGAAACUCAAACAUAGAAGGAAAAAAAACUAGUAUGUGAACAAAAAAAUUUAAAUAGCCAAGAAACACAAGGACAAAGUCUCACUUCGGUAGAGUUUCUCUUGAAGUAAAUUAGACCAACUUGAAUGAAUCUUUCACUCAGCUCUUCACGUGCACACAGCCCCCAGCCAGGCAGUGUUGCAGCGCGAGAUGGAAUAGGCUAUCUAUGAUUUGUAGUUCUUUGGCAUUGUGCGAUUAAUUUACCAGCUAUGAUACAAAACAGUGGAAAUACUUUGAAAACAGCUACUGCAGCAUUUAUUUUACUAUUUGUGAUAAUACUUCACAAUUUUUAUUCACAAAUGCGAGUGAAAUGCUCACAAUGGUGAGCCCUGACCACCCGCCAACGUGGCUGGGGAAAUUAACAUCAUAGAGGCGCUGUAUAGUCAUUCCGAUGUCUGGAUUGGCCGUGCAGCAUUUACGGUGAUAUAUCCUCUGCAGAAGUCAGGUAAUGCAUACUUCUUCCGCUUCUCCAAGCAGCACAGAGCUGUUGUGAAGGAAGUUGUCAAGGAAGUGAGUUUGUAUUUAUACAGGAACUCCUGCCCUCACCUACCGUCAACCAAUUAUGUCAAUGUGGAGCUAUACAGAGCACUCCGCAUUGUUAGAAAAUUUGAGAGGCGCACAGCGAUGCGGUACAGAGCUCAAUUUGGCCUCUUGGUGCCUCCGAAGGCUCUGUAUUUGCAUCACACAAUCCAUAUGGUGCCUCCAACCACAUUUUCGGAUCAAUUAUGAAUUGGCUCUUACCUGCCAAUGCCAAAAUCUACCUGCAUUUAGCAGGUGGUGGGUGUUAAUUUUAGGCCCCUAUCUGAACCCCUAUCUGGUGCUGUUAAGAACCAUUAUAUUUUAGUGUGUAUCACACUACAUAGAAGUAUACUGUUUACUGUGUGUGUACAGUGUGUGUACAGCACAGUUUCCUACUGCAUGUCCCAAAGCUUUUUUAUUUUUGUCCCAUAGGUAUUACUGGAAAGGGGAGAUUCAAGAUGCAACGGAAAUUCUGAUGGUAAGGUUAUUUGGCAGAGCUUUUAAGUGUCUGUCCAGUCAUUCAGACUUACGCUGUGAGUUGAAACCAACUUUCCAGAGUGAUAACAGGGACUUUUCUGCAUUGUAGUUUGUGAAGACGAGGACCUCGAAGAUCCAGAGGGUCACAGACUUUGUCAAGUAAGUUACAUUUGGUUCCUUUUGAAAUCAUCCCAAGCAGUUACAUGUCAGGUAAAGCCAAAGCAUUUCUGGGUCCAGGGCGUAAGUACUUCAGGUCUCAGGAAGGCAGUAGGGAUGCUAGUUUAGCCACCUGCUAUAAAAUGUCUGUGUUGUUCCUUCCCUCCACCCCAGGUCUGUCCAUCCCUAUGAGACUCCAGAGGUGCUGAGUUUUCCAGUUGAGGACGGGAGCCUGCCAUAUAUGAAGUGGAUGGACGAGGCCGUUCCUGACGACUGA